AUGGAAGAGUCAAAAAGUGAAAAUUUUUCUCAUGAAAUUCGUCCUUUGGUGUUAGCCCUGGGAAUGUGCUAUCUUUUUAGGCUCCACGAUCAAUCGUUACGUAAAAACUACCGGGAUGAAAUGAUUGAAAUCAUAAAAAAAUAUCAAACCAACUUUUGCACACCUCGAGACUGCUCAUUUGAUGCAUUUGAAAUUAUAAUUCGAAACGAACAGGACGAUUACGUAAACCGGAUGAAAUGUUAUCCCGAUGGAACCGCUUGGAAUGAAGCGCUCUUAGAGAAUAUCCUUGUGAUGAUUGUGUGUAUUCAAACCCGGAUUCCUGUUUUCAUAAUUGGCGCACCUGGAAGUUCAAAAUCUUUGGCCAUACGCAUUAUUAGCAUGAAUUUGCGCGGAAUAAAUUCCGAGGAUCCAUAUUUUCGAACCUUACCUCAAGUCUACAUGAUAUCGCACCAGGGCUCAUUUUCGUCAACUUCCGAAGGAAUCGAGAAA